CUCAGUUACACAUUCGGCUUCAACCGAAAACAAUCAAGAUGAGAGCAGUGAAUUGGCUGUUGUUGUUAUCCUUUAUUGGUGGUUCGCUCGCAUUUGGCGACGAGGCCAUAUUCGAGGACGAAGACAUUUACAACCAGGCGCUGCCUCCUGUGGAGCACACAGGGCUCACGGUGCCCGGCACCAAGUGGUGUGGACCUGGCAAUACGGCAGCCAACUACGAUGAUCUGGGUCGAGAGCGCGAGACGGACAAGUGCUGUCGUGAACACGACCAUUGCGACGAUAUCAUGGAAGCGCACAGCUCCAUUCACGGCCUGCCCAACAACACGGACUGGUUCCCCAUCUUGAAGUGCAGCUGCGAGCAGAAGUUCAUCAAUUGCCUGCAGGCCGUCAACACGUUGACAUCGAACACUAUGGGUCGCGUCUACUAUGCAACGCGACACAGAUGCUUCGCACAGGGCUAUCCGACAACCGGUUGCAAGGAGUAUCAGCUGGGCGCCAUACGCAGGCGCUGCAUUCGGUAUACGGUGAACAAGCGAGCAGCCAGACUAUGGCAGUUCUACGAUAUGCCAUUUUAUACAAUCGCCACGGCAGCGAAGCCUUGACCCACAGAGCUUUAAUCAACAAUAUGUAUGAAGCUAACAUAAAUCGAAAUACAAUUUUAUACAGCGAGUCUGUCUGUAAGC